AUGCAAGGCUCAAGCAGCGCUGCGUUCUAUGCAGAUGCAGCACUACAAGCCAAGCCAGAGAUCGAAAAUCUCCGUCAUGGCUUGGCAGACUUCAAAGCACCACCACUGCGAAUCACACGAGUCGGCCAACUUGAUGCCGAGUUGCUAGACAGGGAGCUCGAGUCUAUCCUCAGAGAGCCCGUCUCUCGCGCUCUACAGAAUCUCAGGGGAAGCGGCAGAUCAUCUUUAGAGCCUGAACUCAAGGCGCUCUUGCAAUUCUUCAUAUUGCGGCUGUCCAUCUACGAGUCAGGCGCAUCCUACGGAGCCACACUCCAGAAUCUCAAGUAUCGCAACGAAUGGCUGCACGGAGGCAAUUUGGAAUCCUCGCCCGCUCGACAGCCCCUCACGAAGCUUCAACUGCACGCCUACACUGCACUCAACGUCUUGCCUACGUAUGCACACGCAAAAGCCCGCGACUUUAUGCUCUCAAAAGGCUGGGGAGAUUAUCCCACACCUCGAUCCUACACAAGCUUACUCUUUCAUCCCUUUGAUGCCCCUGCGUCUUCCUCGGCGGUAUCGCGACGGGAAAGACGGGACAAGCGAAAGCGAGAAUGGAAGAGAGCCGUUUGGAAGGCUCUCAAUCUAGCAGAGCGAACUUGGGCAGUCCUCAAGCUGGCCAACUUUCUCGUCUUUCUCUAUGACGGCAGGUAUCGAACUCUGAUCGAUAGGAUAUUGGGCAUGAGGUUGACCUAUGCCCACCGAGCAGUCACGCGCAACGUCAGCUUUGAGUUUCUCAAUAGACAACUCGUCUGGGAGGCCUUUACAGAGUUCUUGCUCUUCCUCAUGCCACUCAUCAACUUUCGCAAGCUUCGACAGAGGCUCAACAGAUGGGCUACCACCUCUCGUCCUAUCGAGAUCUUACUGGCUGCCUUGCCUGCACCUGUACGACGAACGCUCAAUCUUCCCGAUCCACGUCAUUCUACUAGCUCACGCAAAGGGAAAGACAAGGAGGAGACAAGAGGCCCACUCGAUUUCCUACCUGAUCAUAUUUGUCCAAUCUGUUACACCAAUUCAAUCGCACCUCCAACCGUUGUACCCGAUGGCGGGGUCAUCUCGAGCGACCCUGCAGACCCGGGCGCUUCCACCUCUGCUCUUGCCACGCUCGAAUCACAUAGCCAGAUCAAUCACCAUGGCGAUCAGGACAACGGCGUCAAGAUUCCGUAUCAAGUCGAUUGCUGCCAGGGACUCUACUGCUAUUUCUGUAUUGUCAACAAGCUCGUACAGUGGGAAGAAGACAACAGCGAUACGCAAGAGUAUUGGCCUUGUUUGCGCUGCGGCAAGGGUGUCAAGAGUGUGAUCAGACAAGUACCGGUUGUCGAAGAAUCGCCGACUGUCGAGCCAGAAGAGGACAGCGAAGACGAGCGAGGGGGAACAGACGACGAGCAAGAUCAGUCUGCAUUGGUUGACUUGCCCGCAGCAGAGGAAAAGUGGGACGAAUGA